AUGUCCUGUUUCAUGGCUCCACAGUCUCAUCUUUCUGUAACGCUCCAUCUCCUUCCUGUCUCUGCAGGUGGGGCUGCCAUGCCAAGCUCAUCCUUUGGUCCCUCUGGUCCUGCAGAGCCGGCGAUGGUGGCCCCUGGUGGACUAGCUCCACGGAGCCAGCAAGCCGAGCAGGUGACCCCUGCCUGGGGACCGGUCCUGACAAUGCCAGAAGCCAGGGGCUGCCCGGGGGGUGCUAGCUGGGAGCCACUUCGGCAGGAAUCUGGCCGCUACGGCCCCAAAUUGCCCCCUGGAAGGCAGCCGGAGCGCCUGGGCUGGGAAGACGCAUGCUCCGGAAGCAGAGGGCCUCCCCGGGGCGCCCCCCGCAGGCCCGGACCCCUGCUGCUGUGUGGGCUGUCGCCGGGGGUGCUGCCCGUAGCCUCUGAGGCCGGGGGAAAGGAGGCCAGCCCCCAGCCUGACAUCUGCAUCCUUACCCUGGCCAUGAUGAUCGCUGGCAUCCCCACCGUGCCCGUCCCAGGCCUGCGGGAAGAGGACCUCAUCCGGGCGGCUCAAACGUUUAUGAUGGCCCACCCGGAGCCCGAGGGGCCUGUGGAGGGGGCGCGGUGGGUGCAGGAGCGUGCCCACCCAGCCCCGGGGCACACAUCCCUAGUGAGGCCCAAGAGAGGCCAGCCUCCUGGCUCCUACUUGUAG